GAGUGUGCAUGCGUGUGUGUGCGAAUGCGCGUGUCAGUGCAUGUGUGUGCGUGCGUGCCCGUUAGUGCCUUCACUGGUAUCCCAUCCAGGGUGUGUACCCAGUUUUGUGCCCAGUAUUCCCCAGUAUAGGCAGCAGCCAACACUCCUGCCACCUUGACCAGAAGGUGAAUGGAUGGAUUAUUAAAUCGUAGAGGGCGAAAAUUCAGUGCUCUCUGCACGAAACUUCACACCGACGUGUGUUAUGAAACUGCAGUUGAUUUCACCUGAGCCGCAGUGUAACUGACUAAGGCUACAAAUGCAACUUACAGCUAUUCCUUGCUCACGGCACAUGGCCAGGUUUGGCCCGCUUAUGCCACGCUACUAUUUUAAGACAGCGCAUACGUUGGGGACCACGCGUAGUGAAUCGGGGCCCUUUCAUCCAUGCCUUAACUCUGCUGAGAAAAAAAAACAUCACAGCUCAUGCACAAGCAGGCUGUCGACUUAACUGUUACUUACUUUUGUAUGCCUUGGUCAAAACAUUUGUGAGCUGCAAACUUGCGCGCGAGUUAAUCCCUUCAUGUAGAAUUAAUUUUAGAUGAAUCACGAUGAACCCUGGAUUUACCCAGGAGAAAAAAAGAAAUUUAAACUCUUAACGAUACAAAAAUGGCAUGAUUCAUUUCAAUGGUUCUCACUUUAUUUUUUUUUAUUUUGUUCCAACAGCAACUAAAUAAAACUCUUGCAUAAAACGCAUAGAAUAAAAUGCAUAUAGUAGCCCAUAUAAUAUUAGUCAACUGCAGUAUUAGCGGACAUGAUAUAAAAAUGUCCAUCCACGAACGUUAAUGCAGUUCAGAUAAAAAGGGAAGUUAAAAUACUCAAAAAAGCUCAAGGAAGUAACAGGAAGGGGCUUAAAUGAGGAAGUCCCGUCAUAGUUCCACAUUGCACAUGCAAAACAAAUUAAAUUAUAUGAUAUAAGUUGACGCAUACAGCUGAUCACUGCAUUUCUCUCGAGAUCAAAGUUUUGGAUUGCUGUUUGCUUGAGUUAGGUGGUUUGCGUCUCAGCAUUGCUGUCCAUUUACAGCGGCGUUUGGGCCAUCCAAGAAGAGCUUGACCACAACACAUCCUGUUCAGCCCUCCAGCCGUUGUGAAAAUGCUACGUGCUGUGUGGGACCUUCGGCUAAAAUAGAAACGCUUCUACACAUCCUUACAAGGUAUUCAGGGAGAGAUUUGGCAUUUGUUUCAUCCAGGUUAAAGGGCAGGGCCAUGGUCGACAGGGUGACCACGCUACCGUAUUUCUACGGUAACAUCACGCGGGAGGAGGCGGAGCAGUACCUGAUGCAGGGCGGCACGACAGAUGGGCUGUACCUACUGCGCCAGAGCAGGAGCUACCUGGGUGGCUAUGCCCUCUCCGUGUCCUACGGCCGGCAGUUUUACCACUACACCAUCGAGCGGGAGCUCAGCGACAUGUUCGCCAUCUCCGGGGGUCGGUCGCACCGCACUCCCAUCGACCUCAUCGACUAUCACUCGCAGGAGACGGACGGCCUGGUGUGUCUGCUGAAGAAGCCCCAAAGCCGGCCAAGGGGCAUGGAGCCCAAGGUGGGGCUCUUCGAGGACCUGAAGGAGCAGCUGAUCCGGGAGUACGUCAAGCAGAUGUGGAACCUGCAGGGUAACGCCUUAGAGCAGGCCAUCAUCAGCCAGAGACCACAGCUGGAGAAGCUCAUCGCCACCACGGCCCAUGAGAAGAUGCCUUGGUUCCACGGAAGCAUCUCCAGGGAGGACUCCGAGAUGCUCCUGCACAGGGGAAACCGCGUCAACGGCAGAUACCUAAUUCGACAACGAGACAACAGAGGUUCCUAUGCACUCUGUCUGUUGCACAAUGGCCAGGUCAUGCACUAUCGCAUUGACAAGGACAAGGCUGGCAAACUUUCAAUUCCUGAUGGGAAAAAAUUUGAUACACUCUGGCAGCUGGUGGAGCAUUACUCCUACAAACCAGAUGGGCUGCUUCGGGUCCUCAGUGAGCCCUGUGCACGGGCCAACGGCGAAGCAGGCUGCCCUCCUAUUCCCCAGAAACACCCAUUGAAAGGUGCCACAGGUGGGAUUCUCUCCAGAAUCAAAUCCUACUCCUUCCCAAAACCUGGCAGCAAAAAGACGGUUAAACUUCCUGGCUCCAUGACCACUGAUAACCUCAACACGUACGUGCAGAAAACAGCAGUCACAGACGCCAUGCCGAUGGACACCGAGGUGUACGAGAGUCCCUAUGCGGACCCUGAUGAGUUGAGGACGUCGACCAUCAGCCGCUCGCAGCUGACCUUAGAGGAUGGGGAGCUGGGUUCAGGGAACUUCGGCACGGUCAUGAGGGGCACCUACAAAAUGCAAAAGUCAGAGAAGACGGUGGCGGUGAAGAUCCUGAAGAACGAUGAGAACAACCUCUCCGUGCGGGAGGAGAUGCUGCAGGAGGCCAGCGUCAUGCAGCAGCUAGACAAUCCCUACAUCGUCCGCAUGAUCGGCAUCUGCGAGGCAGAGAACCUGAUGUUGGUCAUGGAGUUGGCUAGCCUUGGUCCCCUCAACAAGUUCUUGCCCAAAAACAGGCAUCUCAGCGUGAAGAACAUCACAGAGCUGGUACACCAGGUCUCCAUGGGCAUGAAGUACCUGGAGGAGCAUAACUUCGUUCACAGGGACCUCGCAGCCAGGAACGUGCUGUUAGUCACCCAGCACUACGCUAAGAUCAGCGACUUUGGGCUGUCAAAAGCUCUGGCAGAUGAGAACAAUUAUUACAAGGCAAAAACCCACGGGAAGUGGCCGGUCAAAUGGUACGCUCCAGAGUGCAUGAACUAUUUUAAGUUUUCUUGCAAGAGUGAUGUGUGGAGCUUCGGAGUCCUGAUGUGGGAGACCUACUCCUAUGGCCAAAAACCAUACAAGGGCAUGAAAGGCAACGAGGUGCUGCAGAUGAUCGAGAGUGGGGAGCGUAUGGCGGCCCCAGCCAACUGCCCCCCAGAGGUGUACGAGCUCAUGAAGACAUGCUGGACAUACAAACCAGAUGAGAGGCCUGGAUUUAAUGUCGUCGAACCAAGACUAAGAAAUUACUACUAUGAGAUUUCACAAAUCUAAUGUGGUUUUGGGCACUGGUUGUCCCAUGAGGGUACUUUAGCGCUAUAUAAUGGAAUGAAUGAAAUUAUACAGAAUCAUAGGUCUGCGUAUGUAUCUUUUUACAAUUGCUAGAUUUCAUGAAGGUUUUUGUACAGAUAUCGGACAUCUCUGAUUGCAGCACAAGUAAUAUUUGGAAACCGUACACUUUACUUUACAAAUCUGACAUAUGAAGGUUUCUUCAAAAAUUUUGGCCUUUAUGUCCUCAUUCCAGCAUGAUAAAAAAGAGGAACCAUUAGCAGAAUUCAUGGUUUAAUUCUAUUAUCCCUUUUUUUCUAUAAAUGUUCCUCAAUAUUUUGAUGCUUUUAUUUUUAACAGCAGAAAACUAGCUAGUCUGAAUUAUAUUUUUACUAGGUUCUGUUAAUACUAAAUGUAUAGAUAUUAAUUUGCAUAUAUUUGUUUUGGGAUUUACCGGUAUUUUACAAGCUCCAAAAUAUACUCAAAUUCAGUUGCAUAUUGAUUACGGUGACUGACAUGCCACAAUAGGAGACAGCACAAGGGACAAGCUGGGGCCAGACCCAGACAGGACACCUGUCCAUCACAAGUGAAAUACAAACACCCACACAAAUCUCACAGUGCUUUUUCCCAAUGUAUUUCACAUUCAAAUCAAUUGCCUUGGUUUUUCUAUCAAAUCCAUUUAGUUGUUUUAGCAUUUAAUUAUAAACAUUUUUUUUUACAUUUUUUUAUUUUCCACAUAUGCUAAACAACUGCAUAUCCCAUACCAAUAAAAAAAGAUUUUCCGAACCAAAGUCAAAAGCAAUGAAAAAAUUGUGUACUCGUACUUUCGAACAAUAAAAUGUUCUUAUAGAGUGUAUUAAAUCUUUUCCAUUGAUAUCAGAUCAUGAUAAUGGUGUGAACUGAUAAUACAUAUCUUGUGCUUACUGUACGGUAAUAAAUUAUUUUUAAACAGUU